UUGCGCGCCUCGCAGUCCGACAAAGCGUCCUUUUGGGGCGGAUGUGCUGCAAAAGCCCGGAAAGCAGAAGGGAGCAGAUUGCGGCUGCGAGAAGGCCAGCGCGACCAUGAGCGUCCCCCUCGACGCGCCGACGGCCAUCCAGCAAGCCCCCCCGACUCCCUUCUACAUCCAAGACAUCCUCGGGAGGACCGACGACCCCCCCGCCAGCUCGUCGUCGUCCAUCCCGGCCGUCCCCGCGCCCACCUUCCCGUCCCCGAACUCCUCCUUCACGCACUUCGUGUCCCCGUACCGGACAGCCGUCUACGAACCGACGCCGAUCCACCCGCACCGCGCGGCCGCGUACGCCUUCGGGGGCCCCGCGUACCCCUUCCAGCACCCGCACCCGCACCCCCAGCGCCCGCUGGGGGACUACGCCCAUGCCCUGCUGAGACACCACCCUCUCGGGAAACCGAUGCUGUGGAGCCCCUUCAUCCAGCGGCCCUUGCACAAACGGAAAGGGGGCCAGGUCCGCUUCUCCAACGACCAAACCGUCGAACUGGAGAAGAAAUUCGAGACGCAGAAGUACCUCUCGCCUCCCGAGAGGAAAAGAUUGGCCAAGGUGUUGCAGCUGAGCGAGCGACAGGUGAAAACCUGGUUCCAAAAUCGACGGGCAAAGUGGCGGAGACUCAAACAGGUCGGUUGCGCCGCCUCCGCUCGCUUCGACGCGGCCGUGCCGUGCGGUCCUCAUCGGGAUGUUCCCUGUUUGAACGCGUCAGGAAAAGUCGGAGGACGACGUGACGGGGGGCGGCAAGGGCGGCAAGGGCGGCAAGGGCGACAAGGGCGACAAGGGCGCCGCGACCUCCGAGCGGGCGGAGCCGCGGCAGUCGGAAUGGAGCCUUUCGGACGACGCCGACCCGGAGCUGGACAUUGAGGAUCGCGGCGACUUCGCGCUGAGCCGGCAGCUCUGAGCGCAAAAUGGGGAAAAACACGUGUUGCCUUCUUAUUCCGUAAACAACUGACAUUCCGGGCCUCCCCAAUUCCGUGCGAAAUGCUUGCAAGUUAGAGCAGAAAAUUGGCAAAGACCCCAAAAGGUCCAUCGCUAGUUCUUGUUGUCUUUCCAGAACAGUGCCUUGCGAGUUUUCUAUAUAUUAUGCAGUUGGAAAGAGUGCUACUGUACAUUCCUAGAUUACAAAUGUGUUUUGUAUGUCAUUUGAAGCGGACGUUUACCCAAAGAAUCAGCG